GGACUCGAAACCUCGAGUCUCAGACAGUACCUAGUGUAUGGUAAAAGCGCUCCAAGUGGGUCUCAAUCUCGGUCUACUUAUAACAAUUAUUGUACUAGUGGUGUCUAUUGCACAGGCCACUCUCGAUUUUCUUGAAUGAGCUUGCGUUUUUGGUAAAGUCCUUUACAAUAUGACAGCUUCUGAAUUUAUUACUAAUUUUUUACCAAUGAAUACAGAGAGAAAAACCGCGAAUGCUGUUGGGGGCAAGACUGCGAGGGCUUGUGAUAGCUGUUUGCGUAAAAGGGCUCGAUGGUACUGUGCUGCAGAUGAUGCAUUUCUUUGUCAGGUGUGUGAUUCGCUGGUGCAUUCUGCUAACCAGUUGGCAAGUCGGCAUGAUAGGGUUCGACUCAAGACGGCCUCGUUUAAGCAGUCUGAGUCGACGUCUGGUGAUGAUUUGGUACCGGCUUGGCAGGGGUUCACGCGUAAGGCAAGAACCCCGAGGCAUACUAAGCCGGGACUGAAUAGCCAUUUUAAAGACAAGGAGAGGAUCAUAAACACGUCUUCUCUUGUCCCGAAGAUGGGGAGUGAAGAAGUGUCUGAGGAGGAUGAGACAGAGGCACAGCUUCUGUAUCGCGUUCCAAUUUUUGAUCCAUUUGCUGCUGAGCUUUGUAAUGUGUCCACUGAAGUAGAGAACCUACUUGUGGAUGAUUGUAAAUCUGAGCCCGUCAUUAAUCAUAAUGAGCUAAAUGCGUUUUUAUCUUCUAAUGAUGGAAAUGAAGGAGCUUGUGACUUGGACAAUCUUCCGCUUUUUCUCCCAUCUGAAAUGGAGCUUGAGGAGUUUGCUGCUGACGUUGAGACCUUAUUGGGAAAAGGGUUCGAUGAGGAGUCAUGCGGAAUUGAGGCAUUAGGGCUUAUUGAAUGCAAAGAAGAGAAUGUUACUGAAAACAAUUUUCAAGGAAGUGGAGUAAAAGUUGAAGAUGAAGAGCAAGCAAUCAUAGCUUCUCAUUUCGAUCCUGGACUGGAUGGAUCAGCAGAGACCAUAGAUUGGGACUUUGACUAUGAUUCACCGAUGACCGGUGAAGAGCACGAGGAGGUAAAGGUUGAGGUCGUGGCGCCUAGUGAGACAACAAACAGCGACGCUAAAGAAGGGGGAAAGAAAAUGUUUUUGAGGCUUAACUACGAUGAAGUCAUUACUUCUUGGGACAACAAAGGAUGUCCAUGGACGUCUGGAGUCCGGCCUGAGUUUAAUCCUGACGAUUGCUGGACUGACUUCAUGGGGCUGUAUGCUCCGAGCACUCAACAGCCUUAUGGAAGUGAAGGAGGACGGAAUGAUGGUGGACGAGAAGCCAGAGUGUCGAGGUACAGAGAGAAGAGGAGGACAAGACUGUUUUCGAAGAAGAUAAGAUAUGAAGUCAGAAAGUUAAAUGCGGAGAAAAGACCAAGAAUGAAAGGCCGUUUUGUGAAGAGGACAUCAUUUGCAGGAGGAUCUGCAGCUUUACCAUACCAGAUAAACAAAUAAUACGAGAUCACUUCUAUUGAUCACUAGUCUGUGAUCAGUUCUUAAUUAUGAAUUAAUCAACCUCCUAGUUUGCUUGUUUUUCUUUUGGCAAAAUUGGAUGACUUCAGUUAGGAUAUAAUAUGAGAUCAAUAAUAUGUUUUAUCGCGUAAAAACGUAGAUGACCUUCAAUGUUUGUUUUUGUUUUUGUACUUAAAUGUACGUACAGCUUAAAGCAUAGCAUUCUAUCCAGCUGCUUUUGAAUAUUGAUGUAUGUAAAAUUUAAAAUUUAUAUGUAAAAUAGAUUUCUCUUGACACUA